UUGGAUCACGUGACACCACACAGCCAAUAGGAAAGAGUACCUUCGGUCCUUCCAGGUGCACGUGGCCGACGGCUGCGCAGUUGUGCUCCUUACUCAGUCGAUACUCUUCAUAAUAACCCCAAAGAAGGUUCACUUACAUUUAUAGGUUGGAAUGUAGGUUUUGUAUCUCACCUGAAUAGGAAUUGUGUUGUCGACGACAUGGCGGCCGUCGUUGUCGCCUUUAUCUUGCUGAGCUCGUCUUUCUGGAGCAACUCCGUUCACGCUGAUGCUCAAGCAUGUGUUGACGAGGGCCGCUUUGUGGAGCAUGUGGUCUACGACGGGCAGCAGGAUCUUCCAUACCGACUGAACUGCUCUUUGCAGUUGGAUCAACAUGACCAGGAUGACACCCAGCCCCAACUGGCUUGGCUUAAGGACUGUCAGCAGCUGGACACCCAGCAGGGAACUUCCUACCUGCAGUUUGCAAGCAUCACUUUGGGAGAUGCAGGAAAUUACACAUGUAUGCAACCGGGCAACAGCUCGGCCUCGUUCACUGUGCACCUCGUAGUUAAGGCCUCCGUCUGCUCCCAAGCUCCAGAAUUCAAAUCCAAUGAAAUUCAGAAUGAACUCUCUGUAAUGAUUGGGUCCACUGAGACUCUGAAUUGCACUGCCUUGCUUUCUUGGGACCUAACGGACAAGAGAUGUGACGCCAAGGUGCAAUGGACAAAGGAUGGCCAACCUCUCAACAACAACUCCCUGCUUUUACAAAACACUUCGUCAUGGUUUCUUGCUGGGGGUCAGCUGAUGGUGAGCAGUGUGCUGGUGGUCAGUCUUCAGGAGUCCGAAGACUUUGGGCUGUUCAGCUGCACAUUGAGGAACUCUUCCUCUGACUUCAACCUGCAGAAUUCAAGCAGCCCCAAUCACACUGCUGCGGUCACCGCAGCCUUCAUUCUCCUCAUUCUGCUGGCUGUGGCUGUUGUCAUGUACGUCAAGUGUCACCUGAACAUCAAACUGUGGUACCAUAACGUCUACGGAGAGUACGAGAUGAACGAUGGGAAGUUGUACGAUGCUUACAUCUCCUAUGUUAACAAUAACUACGACAAGAAGUUCAUCAACUUCAUUCUCAAACCUCAUCUGGAGAAUAAGCAUGCACACAAGCUGCACCUCAAUGAUAACGACAUCCUGCCUGCUUCAGAACCCUCUGCUGAACUGUUAAUGAACAUAAGUCGCUCCCGCCGUCUCAUCGUGUUGCUGUCUCACGCGUACCUGGAGCAGGAAUGGUGUGCCACCAACUUCAGACAGGGCCUCCUACACCUCUUGGAGCUGUGUAAGCAGCCCAUCAUCAUCCUGAUGCUGGAGGGUCAGCUGAAGCACAUGAGGCCUCAGAUCAAGCAGCUGCUCAGUGAGCACCAACACCGUGUCAGCAUCCUCACAUGGAGGCACAACUCUGUGACUCCCUCCUCCGUCUUCUGGAAGGAGCUGGCCUUAGCGAUGCCUCGGAGGGGGAUUUUUCAUAGUGAGUCUGCAGGAGACCCCCAGACGGUCCUUCAGGAUGACAAAGACCCAAUGCUGACCCUUGACCCCGACUACCUGGACUGCCGCUCUGACACAGACCCCGCUGGAGACCUGGGUAUACGUCUCCCUGUGUACAAAGCAAUGACCUCAAAGGCUCCCAUUCUGCCAGUCGUUCCUUUCCGAGCACGGGAACCGAAACCCUCUGAUAUUGACGUGUCCGACCUGGGGUCACGCAACUAUGGAGCUCGCUCAGACUUCUACUGCCUGGUCACUAAGGAGGACAUCUGACCUCUGCUUAUGAAGAACACUAUGGAUUUUGGUUGUAUGUAUGUUGAUUGAAUCAAAAUGUCCCUCCUUUUCUUCCCAAAUGAUUUAUUUUACAUUUCAAAGGUAAUAUAUUGGUGUACUUUUUUGUCAAUUUGAUGGAGAAUGUAACAUUUUAGAUGUUGUCGAUCAUUUAGUGUUAUGCAGGAUGUUGCAUAAUGGCCAGCAGAGGGCAGACUAUUGAUGUAAAUAUUGACAGCUGUUUAAAAAGUCAAAUUAAGAGGGUGUAACAUGGCUGCAGGCUCCAAGCUCACGGUUGCUUUCUUUUUGACAUAUACGCCAUAUUUGACCAGCAGGGGUGCUCACAGGUGAAGCAGUAGGGUGAAAUGAUCUGGGCCCUUGUGGAGUCAUUUAGAGCUGCAGUUAAGUGGGAGGCUACAUUUGGGUGCAGCAAGGGAAGGGCUGGAAAUGUUCCUGUCUGAGCAGGAGAAAGUAUGUCAACAGGGAGUGGUCGACUUUUUACCACUUUAGUGUCAGCUUGUUACAGCGAAUUCAUUCACCUCACACGCCAGAUCAGUCUGUUUAUUAGAUGAGAGGAUACAGCAGCGUGUAUGUGACACACGCUAAGCAAGGUUUUCUACAAAGAUGUCAGAUCAUUCAUGACAUUGCAGCAAAUGUAUCAAAGUGGGAAAUGAAAUUGUGACGUCUUGGAUUAUUGACACAAAUAAAAACCUUUGUGACUAAACAAACAUGAAAACUAGUUAGGACUGCAUUCUUUCACAACUGCUUUUCACAUUUCUCUCUCUCAUACACACAAACACACACUCUUGACUAGAUACAACUUUUUUCAAAAUUGCCGGCAUCAUAUUGAAAAUAACAGUUCACACAGGACUUAAAAAAAGAAAGAAAUAAUUGCUUUGAAGGCACACCGAUAUCCCAACUGUACUGAAAUACAGCAACAUACAAGCAAAUCUCAGUGAUAUAUCUUUGGAUUACAUUCUCUUUUAUGCAUUGCUAAACAGUGUUAUUGUUGCUAUAAGAUACAGUGUAUAAAACAUUGUUUUUAAAAGGUAGAAGAAAAAGCAAUAUAUACAAAGAUGC